AUGUUUGACCGACUCGGGCAAGGUAAAACAAGCCCCACAAAGAUGAGCAUACAACUAGCCAAUAGGUCUAUCAAGUACCCACAAGGUGUUGCCAAAAAUCUAUUGGUAAAAGUUGGAGACUUUGUCUUCCUGGCCGACUUUGUUAUACUCGACAUGGAGGAAGACACUGAAGUACUGCUCAUUCUAGGAAGACCAUUCCUUGCCACCGUUCACGCAAUUAUGGAUAUGAGUGAUGGGAAACUAACAUUGAGAGUCGGGGACGAAGAGAUGAAAUUCGGGGUUGGGAAGAGAGUAGAAGACGACCCGAUUAACUACAUGGAUAUCAUAGACUCAAGCUUGGAUGACGUCCUCCGACGGUGCAACACAGGAUGCGAGACAUCCCGCCUGGGAAUAAAACACACUCGAAAAGGUGGAGUUUACCAAGGGAACGUAUAA